AUGCCUGCUCUCCGCAGCCGUUCCACCAACGUUCGGCACACUCCCCUCAAGAACAAGAAGCCCCUCAAGCGAGCUCCCCUUCAAGAACUUCCUAUCAAGUGCAACAGUCGUCUCAACCGCCAAGGCGGGUGCACAAACAUCCCUCUCUACUCCACAGGCCAGGAGAACCUUUCAACCAUCGCUCAGGAGGCCGAGUUCCUCGCCUCCCUCAACGCGCUGGACGCUCCCAUCUACGUUGACGAGGAAGCCGCCGCUGUCGAGGAAGUUGUUGAGAACUUGACUGGCUACUCGGAGGCCGUGCGUCGUGCAAUCAUUCCGGGCACCGGCUUGAUAGACCUCGACUUGAUCGACACUGACGGUGUCGAGUUGGACGAGUCUCUUCUCGAUCUCAUCGACUCGGCCAUUGAAGAACAACUCCAACAGGCAAUGGAUGAAGUUGAAAUGGAAAUUAACGACAUGCUAGCUGCUCAGCCCGCCGACCACCCACGCUUGAGUAUGCCUCUCCUCGACUCCGACGACUCGGGCUCUGAGCCCGACCUCAGCGUCCUGGGCAUGGCCCGUCCCGGCACCACCGCCGCCCCUCAGAUCCCGAGCCCUUACAACAACCGAGGCGCCGAGCAAGUCGACGAUGAGGAGGAAGAGAUUGACGACGACGAGGCCAUGUCUCCCGAGCAGUACGAGGCCGAAACCACAAGCAUUGAGGAGGAAGACGAGCCCGCCGAGGACGAAGAUGUUGAGGAGGUUGCCCAUCUCAUCGACCCAGCCACCGCUGGCCUCAAGGAAAUCUCCAACCUUGCCCGCUUCACCGUUAGCAGCCACAAGCCCGGUAACGGUGUUGAAGAGCUCAAGAGCGACGACCUUAAGAUGUACUGGCAGUCUGACGGUCCUCAGCCACACAAGCUCACAAUGUAUUUCACCCGCCGCGUCGACAUCCGCGACAUUCGCUUCUACGUGGACUACAACGAAGACGAGUCGUACACCCCAACCAAGGUCGUCUUCAAGGCCGGCACCGGCGAGAACAACCUCAUCGAGUUCGCAACCAUGGCUCUCGACAACCCCGUCGGCUGGCAGCAGGUCCCCGUCGCCGGCGCCGGCGGCGACCCCGACGGCAACACCCUCGUCGCUUGGGUCCUGCAGAUGCAGAUCCUCGAGAACCACCAGAACGGAAAGGACACGCACCUCCGCGGUAUCAAGAUCUACUCCUUCGACAACGAGUCCGCCUUCGCCCCCGGCCGCGAUGGAAACCCCGUCAGCGACGCCGUCGGACUUGUGGAUGGCGCUAUCCGCCGUGCUGAAGGAGACGUUGGACGGGUCAGAGUCAGCAGUGUGCAAAGAGAUCCAGCUCAGUAUGAGCCCGGCGCCGGGGGACUGUCUAUCCCCGACUUCAUGCGUGAUCCCGAGAUUCGUUGA